AUGACCGUCGCUACGCAGCUGCAACCUCCUACAUCUUCAGCUUCUUCAACAAUAGCUAAUGCAACCGACAUCGAAUCACAGCAGAUAAAUGCCAAGACCUCACACUUCAACCUUAUCCUUGACCAAGUCGGCGUUACUGAUGCUGUUCUUAACUACGACUACACUGGUCACGGAACAGCAGACUCUCCGUACCUUGUUGAGUUUCUUCCGAACGACAGUCGAAAUGCAUUAAACUUCUCACGAUCAAAGAAGUGGCUUAUUACCAUCCUGCAGGCUAUAGCAACACUUGCGGUUACCUUCGCCAGUACAACAUACUCUGGAGGCCUUGGAUCCAUUUUGAUGCACUUCCAUGUCUCAACUGAAGUUGCCAUACUUGGUAUUUCGAUGUUUGUUCUCGGCUUCGCUAUAGGACCGCUCCUUUGGGCUCCAAUCUCAGAGCUCCAUGGUCGACAGAUUCCAUUCUUUAUCUCUUUCAUGGCCUUGACCGCGUUCAAUGCAGGUGCCGCAGGUGCUCCGACCAUGGCGGCCUUGAUAGUCCUUCGUUUCUUUGCUGGUUCUUUUGGAUCAUCACCAUUGACCAACGCGGGUGGUGUCAUUGCUGACAUGUUCGAUGCUCGAGAGAGAGGACUUGCUACAGCUCUCUUUGCUAUGGCCCCUUUCCUAGGCCCUACUAUUGGUCCCAUUGCUGGUGGGUUUCUUGGAGAAAACGAAGGUUGGCGUUGGGUUGAAGGGAUGACGGCAGUCUUUACUGGUGUUGUCUGGAUUGUUAACUCACUAGUAAUACCCGAAACCUAUGCUCCCUAUCUCUUGCGUCGCCGAGCAGCUGUCCUUUCCAAAAGGACUGGUAAGGUUUAUAUUUCCAAGAUUGAUGUCGGUCGUCCCCACACCACUAUUGCCACACAGCUCAAGACUGCAAUACUUCGUCCCUGGGUAUUGCUAUUUAAGGAACCCAUUGUUCUUCUGACCUCGCUGUACAUGGCCAUCAUCUACGGAACAUUAUAUCUCUGCUUUGCUGCCUUCCCAAUCGUUUUCCAAAAGGGCCGUGGAUGGAGCCCAGGAAUCGGAGGACUUGCCUUCACUGGCAUCGCUGUGGGAAUGUUAUUUGCGGUCACUGGUACUAUCCUGGACCAAAAACGAUAUACGCGGGCUGCCGAAGCCGCAGGUGGUCAUGCACCUCCUGAAGCUAGACUGCCCCCUUCACUCGUUGGCUCAAUACUUAUCCCAGUCGGCCUCUUCUGGUUUGCCUGGACCAACGGCAAAGAUGUGCAUUGGAUUGUGUCUAUUAUCGGCUCGGCCUUUUUCGCUUGCGGCUUGGUCUCGGUCUUUCUUUCACUAUUGAACUACCUCAUUGAUUCAUAUGUUAUCUUCGCUGCUUCGGUGUUGGCUGCAAACUCAAUCCUGCGCUCCCUCUUUGGCGCCGCGUUCCCGCUCUUCACGACGUACAUGUACAACGACCUGGGAAUUCAUUGGGCCAGCUCCAUCCCUGCCUUCCUGGCCGUCGCUUGUGUCCCGUUUCCGUUCCUGUUCUACAAGUACGGAGAAACUAUCCGUAUGAAGUGCGAGUUUGCCGCCGAAGCCGCCAAUGUGUUACAGCGCAUGCGCACCAAGCACGAGGUCAUCACGGAGGACCAGGCCGCCGAGGAGGCGCAUGAGGCCGAAUUGGAGCGUCGGGCGAGCAAUGCUCUUCGCCGCAGUUUAACAAAGACUCGUACAAGCAAGUCUAUCCACUGA